AUGGUCAUUAAGGGAUCCGUCUCCGAUUCUGCUUCCGUCCAGCUCGGCCAACGCCGCGGCAUCUCAGACCUGGCGCAAAUUGCCUUAGACCUGGCCUGGGUAUCCGAGAGCGCAGAGCAAGACUCUUUUGCUCGAUAUCGAGCAUAUCCCUCUCCACCCAUGUCAGGAUCUCCGCCCCUCCCCUCGAAGCAGCCCCAAGACGCUGGGGGUCGAGGGCAAGCACCAGUGGGAUAUUCAGCCUCCAGUCAGCCCGAUACUUACUGGAGCAACUCAAACCAACAAUUGCCGACUGAUCACCGAGGGCCUGCCGACAUGCAGACCACGCUUCCCAGAUUAUUCCAACCAGGGCCCCCAGACGCGCCGCCGUUUUCAUAUCGAAGGACAGAAGAGACCGUACCUCGACCUGUUUCGUACAUCCAACCAGGGGGACCAUCUAUGCCCCAGUCAUCUGGUUAUAUUCCUCCUGGAAUUCCUGGGGCACUUUCGCCUUACACAUCAUCUGUCCGCCCGUCAGUGGUUGAGAAUCAGCCUAUGACUUCCCCGAAAUCGCAGAGGAAAACAAAAGGUCAUGUGGCCUCCGCAUGCGUCCCUUGUAAACGAGCACAUCUUCGGUUGAGAGAUGAUGCCAACGUGGCCAGUCCACGGCUGGAUCUCUACACACUGGAAUUCCUGUCAUACACGAAAGACGGCCUGGUUAAGUGCAUGUUGUGUCUCUUGUCGAUGCCCUGA